AUGGGUGGAGCUGGGUUUCUUACGUACUUUGACUCGGAAGUUAAGAAGACGUUUGGAGAGGCGGAUGACAAGGUAUUCAAUGACCUUGAAGGCAUCAACGAGCUAAUUAACCUACCUGCGGCUGCUUUCCAUCGCAACAUGAAUAACGUCCAUGUCCGUGAUUUGAGCAGGAUGUUUGAGCUGCUGGUACAAGCUGCAAUGGACCCGUCUUCCAAAGACGAUCCCGAGAUCUGGGAGCGCAUGGUUAUUAUUUCACGGGAAAUGCAAGGGUUUAUCAAGGGCGGCGGGGGUCCCGAGCUUCGAGAUUGGUCGAUUGAUGAGGCUGUCAAUUCAUCGGCGGGAUUUGAAGCGGCGAGUUGGGGCAUGAACUCGCGUGGUGUGGCUGCGCGAGCGAAGAAAGUCCUAGGUUGGCAGCCGCAGGAGAGAAGUCUAAGUAAUGAGUUGCCAGAUAUCAUUCGGUGCGAGGCAGCUAGAAUGGGGCUUUGA